UUGGCUGGGAGGUUCGCCGAGCUAUGCGUUGGGCCACUACCAGCCACGACCGCAUCUGGAGCCGACUGAUCUCUCUAACAUCCGAACCGACUCCAGACCCCAACCUACUAACUCCCCUCCUUACUCACCCAAAUCUUACAUAUCUACCACCAUCAGCUCGUCGCGAUGCAGCUGCCGUGAUCUUGAAGAAUCAGUAUAUUAAAAUUACAGACUUACAGCUCGCGUGGCACGAAGGUGUACACAAAGUGUUCACUCAGUCACAAGAUCAAAUUGGUGAUGAAGACCUGAUGCGAACAUGGGACACCCAGCUACAUCAUAUCAGAGCUCUACACAAAGCAGGUAUGUCUAUGAUACCUGGUGUUUUAGACAACAUGAUAGCUACGCACAGACCAAUGGUACCUGCUGUCGAAGAACAGGCCAACGUGUUUAUCGAAGAUGAUGAAAGUGAUCUCAGUAGUUUAGAUGGAGAUGAUGAUGGUGAUGUAAUUUCCGGGCUUGUACAUCGACUCGAUUUAGUGGAUAUACAGGCUGCCCUUGACCCAGCAACUUUGGAUCAAUAGUUCUCGUUCUAUCUUGUAAUACAUACAUAGUUGUUGAUUUUGAGACGAUAUAAGAUGUCUUUGAAGUUGAAAGUAAUACAAACAAAUGUUUCUCUUUCUC